GUGAUUGGUUUUAUUCAUUAUAUUAAAUUAAAACCUCAAUUGACUAUAAAAAGUUUAAACUUACUUGGAAUCACUAUCAGUUUCAUUUGAGAACUCACCUGAAAUUUAAAAACAAUCAAACAUGUUCAAAUUCUUUGCUCUUUGCUUCUUGGCUAUUGUUGCCGCUGUUGCUGCUAAGCCAGCUAUUGUUGCACCUUUGGCUUACUCUUCUCCAUUGGUCGCUUCGCCAUACACAGCAGCUUAUACCGCUGGAUACGCUUCUCCAUAUGUUGCAGCAGCUUCACCUUAUGUUGCCUCUCCUUAUGCCGCCUACUCUGCCUACCCAUACGCAGCUGCUUCAUACUAUGUUCGUUAAAAAUUGGUUUGAUGGAUUGAAGAUGUAAUGGAAAAACGGAUUGGAAAUUGUUUAAUGGUUUACGAA